AUUGGUGCUCAAGUACCGCGACGACUUGGGUCACCUCUGUAGCAGAAGAAUCGAUGCGCACGAUCUCGGGCGGCUCCUGGCCAUGGACUGGACGGCCUCGGGACAGGAGACGGACGAGCAGCUGGUGACUCUGCUCAAGCACCUGCUCGUCUCUGUCGAGCGGGGGCUCGAGAGGAUUGAGUGGGACUCUCUGCUGGCGGCCAACAAGACCUGGGCUUCUGGGCACCGCCUGGAAAACUGCCCCUGCAAGAACCACGCUUCGUUGCAGCAGCAGCAGCCCGACGACGCGAACGACAGUGAAGGCCCAACGGGCCACGCCGAACCUGCCAAGGACCAGGCGACGGGCGGCCUUUGCCCAUGUUCCAAGAGCAGCAGCGGUUGUAGUGUCGACUCUGCCAGCCGUAGGACGAGCGCGUCCUCCGGAGUUGAUCCCGGGCCAUCGUCGAGCGACGAUUCCUCGUCCAGGGAAGGCUCUUGGGCCGGAAUGCUGCUUCCAGAUGGCCUGUCUGCCCUCUUCCGCGAACGGACAUCGCUGUCGAGGGAAGAGGAGCACGACGACGGCUACUGCGACAACAGCCUCGCCCAGCCGACCUCCAUGAGCCAGCUGGGACACAGGCUGCUGCUCUCCAGGGUCGCCUGUUUCCCAGGAUGCAGGGAUGUGAACGGAAGGGGCAUAGCUAUUAUCAGCAGUUCAUCAUUCAAGGAUGUCCCUGAACUGACGCCAACGCAGCUGGCACAGAUGUUGAUGUACUUCUACACAAUACCAAAGAAAGAAAUCAGUGUUCGUGGAUUCCUUCUGCUCGUCGAUGCCGCUGAUGCAAGCGAACAGCUCUGGAAACUGCUCGACGAGGCGCUUUGUCUUCUUGAGGCAAACAUCAACAACGCGAUCGACAUCGUAGUUGUGGUGAAUGCCCAUGGUCCUCUGGAAGUCAAGGGACUCCUGUCUCAAACAAGAGCUAAGAUUGUCCCAGUGACAUCUCAAGAAAAGUUGCUGGAGUUUGUGGACAAAGACAACCUGCUUCCAGAAUUUGGGGGAACCUAUGCUUAUGAUCACCAAGAGUGGAUGAGCUUCCGAAAGUUCCUGGAGCCGUUUGUGUCCGGCUGUCGGCUGUCCGGGCGGCAACUAGUCUCCGUGAUGCAAGAGCUGCGAACGAGUCGGGUGCCACCAUCGUCAGCGCUGGCGCUGCAGCUGAUCGACGCCCAGAAGCGGCACAUCCAGGACACUUUCCGGGAUGAGCAGCUACGCCACCUGCAGGAAGAAGGGGACACCAUUCUGCAGGAGCUGCAAGCGUACCGUGCCCGGUCGCCUCACAAUCUCGACUACCGGGAUGCCUUGGAGAAGAGUGGUCUCCUGUACAACGAGCUAAAGCGCGCCAUGGCGAAGCUGACCAAGCUCGCGGACAAGAGGCUUCAGCGUCUCCAAGAAUGCAUGCUCGUGAGGACCUUCGAAGAAGAAUCUAGUCAAGUGCUGUCGUGGAUCUGCAAAAACGGAGCCGAGGCCCUAUCCAAGCAUUUUUUUGUGGCAGAUUCACUUUCAGCCAUUCAAGAUCAGGAGUACGAGUUCGAGAAGUUCUACUUCCUCGCUAUGCCGACACCGGUUGUAGCGGCGCUCAAGAGGAGGGGAGUAUCUCGGUGCUGCGAUGUUCUGGGCUGCUCUAAUAGGCAAGAGGAGUCGCCGCAAGACAGUGCCGACGCUGAUGUCUGCUGCGUGCCUGCUGCCACUCAAUUAACGCCGUCUAGCACCGCGGUCGAGUCCAGCGGCGAUGCGGAAGACAGCGAGCAGAUCGAUGAAGACUCGACGGCCUCCAGGCAGAUUGAAAAGGGCAAUGACCUUCUCGAAGAGGUGGCCAUGACAUCUUCAGUCACAGGCUCAGCCAAGAGCACUCAGGAGCUUGCAGUAUCACUCAAGCAUCACCUGGAGUGUUUUACAGAGAAGCUGGAGGACACUCGGGAAAAACUGGAGGACACAUCGCGGUGCUACCUCCUUCUGGACCAUAGUUAUGAAUGGGCUUUGGAUGCCAUGAAAUUUGUGUCAAGCAUGAAAAUGGAUAGUGCUGCCACACCUGAAAGCAUGACACAACUCAUGAGGCUUCUGCAAGAGUAUCAAGAAGAGCAUCCUGCGCCUUCGGAGCAGAACUUCAGUGAGAUGCUGGACUUGGCUUCUAAGCUGGAUAACCCCAAGCUUGUGGAGCAGUGCAAGACGGCCCAAGCCAGGUGUCGUGAAACAGCCGAGUUGAUGGAAGCGCGCCAUGCAACGUUACUACGAGCUCGCCAGCAGCUGGAGCUAGAAGGCCGCAAAUCGCCGUCCCUAGCUACCAGCUUUCGUUCGUCAGCCAUGGAUGGGUGCAGCCUCUUUCCUCAAAACAGCUGGACCCCUGGCUCGACCAGUACGCCGUACUGCUCAUUUGUGCGGCGCCGCUCUAUUGCCACAACUCAACCCCACCUGUACUCAACUCCUCCUCCCAUGAACUCUUACACAGCAUUCCCAGCAUCUGGAGGCACAUCAGUGGUGCAAGACUCUUUUGCCCUUGAUCAGUACAUCCAGGAGAAAGAGGAGCAGCUUCUUAGCCAGGGCCUCAUUACCGAUGACCUGACGCGAAGAGGUCCUGUUACAUCCAUUUCGCGGAGCUUCCUGGAAUCUCGGAGCAAGGAUGGCUGUCCCCGAUCUGCGGGACUGAGCGCAUUGCGUGAAAAAGUGCGCAACUCUUUGCACAAGGAAGGCCACCAGUGCCGUCCGCAACGCAAGCUGAUGAGGCGCAGCUAUACAUGGCAGCUUUGCGAGGAAGCAUUGAGUCGAGCAAGUGACAGGGUUCGAGCGCAAAAUGAACGGUUGGUGUCCGACCGCACGGCCAUGGCAGACCUUGAAGGGAGUGAUGGACUUGCAAGUUCCAUAAGCUCUCCCGAGUCUGAGGAGCUGACCUCACUGGAUUCUGAGCAAGCCAAGAGUGAAGGGCAGUCAUCUGACCUUGGUCGAGGCAGCAGAGUUCCUGUCCCAGUCAACAGUCAUCUCUUGACCCGAGCAUCUGCUCUGCAGCUAGCUGACUCGGCCAUUAGUGAUGCCAAUUUCAGCGAGGAACAGCUGAGAAACAGAAAAACUCUGCUACUCGUUAUGCGUGAAAUGGUACAAACAGAACGAGACUAUGUCAAGUCAUUGGCAUACAUUAUUGAGAACUACAUUCCGGAGUUGAUGAGAGAAGACAUACCCCAAGCCUUGCGGGGCCAACGCAAUGUUGUUUUUGGGAACAUAGAGAAGAUUUACGAGUUUCAUAGUCUCUAUUUUCUCCAACAGUUGGAACAGUGUGAAUCAUGUCCCUUCAUGGUCGGACAGUGCUUCUUGCAAUAUGAGCCUCAGUUUUACCUUUAUGCGCUGUACAACAAAAAUAAGCCAAAGUCUGAUUCUCUUAUGUCUGAAUAUGGCAAUGCAUUCUUUAAGCAAAAGCAGCUGGAGCUUGGAGACAAGAUGGAUCUUGCCAGCUACUUGCUGAAGCCAGUACAAAGGAUGGGCAAAUAUGCCCUCUUGUUGAAGCAAAUCCUGAAGGAAUGCCCAGAAAGGGAGCCUGAGCAUGCGGAUUUAAAGGCUGCAGAGGAGAUGGUUCGCUUUCAGCUACGCCAUGGCAAUGACUUGCUUGGAAUGGAUGCGCUUCGUGAAUGUGAUGUGAAUGUGAAGGAGCAGGGACGGCUACUUCGUCAGGAUGAGUUUCUUGUCUGGCAAGGGCGUUCUCGCAAGUCUCUGCGGCACGUGUUUCUCUUUGAAGACCUCAUUCUCUUUAGCAAAGUUCGCAGAGAUCCUGAGCACAAAGGCCAUGACAUUUACCAGUACAAACACAGCAUAAAGACAACAGACAUUGGCCUCACAGAGCAAAUUGGUGAAAGCCCAACAAAGUUUGAAAUCUGGUUUCGCAAGCGCAAGUUGAAUGAUGUGUACCUGCUUCAAGCACCUAAUCCUGAAGUGAAACGGGCCUGGGUGCACGACAUCUCCAAGCUCCUUUGGAAGCAGGCGCUGCGAAACAGAGAGAUGCGCCUUGCAGAGAUGUCGUCCAUGGGUAUCGGCAACAAACCUUGCCUUGAUAUUCGCCCCAGCAGUGAUCAAAUCAACGACCGCUCCAUCACUUUCCAGCAGCUUAGCCGAACUGCACCUCGGCUGCGCAGUCCUCUGGGUCUCCUGGAGUUAGGCCGGGAAGGCGGAGCCAGCAAGCGGCCUCAUUCCAUCAUCUCUGUGAGCUCUUCGUCCUCAUCAUCAUCAAGCCAAGGCUCUCUCCACUGUGCCCUCAACCUGGGUUUUGAGGCUGGUGAUAGCCCUCGACCUCUACAGCGAUCAUUGACCCAUCAGUCUCACUGCUCUACAGAGAGUGGUUUCUGCACAGAUGCCAGCACCGCUGGGGACUGCAGUGCAGAUGCAUCAUUGCUGAUGACGCGAAGGCACCGUAAAGCAGAACGCAGUGAUUCAUUGCUGUCCAACGAUUCUCUUGCCACACAUUCAGAAGAAGGAUCCCACUGUGGAGAAGAGGUCGCCUCCUCACUGCACACCCAGGGCUUCUCACUGCAUGACACUUGACUACUGCAACAGCGACAGCAAGAGGAGCAAUUUUGAAAAUGCUGAAUUGCAGACCACACGAUGAUGCUUGUGUCUUUAUUAUUUUAUUUUUGUCAAGUAACUUAUUUCAACUGUAAAAUGGGGCAAGCAAUCGUGUGAAAAAAUCAAAAGAAUGAAAUAUGGUGGAGUAGAGCACCACUGUAACAACCAGCAAACCUCAGGGUCCUUCUUGUCUUGUAUUACUACUACCAUUAUUCGUGUUGAGUAUUUUUUUAUCACUUAGUGAGGGUUCACGUUUUUUUUUUCAUUUUUUUUUCCUUAGUCCAAUUUCAUGCUGCCACGUCACCUGAACAGGAAGACAUGAGCUUACAUUGUACAAUGUGCCAUAGGAGUUGUGAAACUGGGUCUUCCUCCUCCUUAGCCCUCACACUCUGUAAAAUUUACCUGAGAUGUCACAAAAGCCCCCCCCUGACAGGAGCAGGUGCAAAAUUUUCAGUUGUGUGCUGCACUGUAAAUUCUUUGGAAAUGGGGGCAGUGGCCGAUGCUGGCCAAUGCUUGAUGCCGGUGUGUGUGCUCUCUGGAUUGAGCAGGCCUUCCAACAAGCUGUCCGCUACGGGGGUUGUCUUGAAAGAUUGCGCCAGCGCUAUCAACUGGGUGACCUGAGUGUGGAAAUGAGAGUUGUCUUUUAUUCCUCUUUAUUUCUUCCCUUCUGGUUUCAUUUUGCUUUGUCUUUUUUUUUUAAUCUACUUGGCACCAUUUUCUUCAUCUGCAUUUCAUGGCAACAUUGUCUGUGGUUUCCCUGCUGUUUGCACAAGUUUGCCUAUAUUCAAGACUGCCAGGAAAAGGAAAGAAAAAAAGAAUGCUGUGGAACAAAUUGAAUUGGGCUUGUUUGUUUUCUCAGUUCUGUUCAAUGCUCAGUUGUUUCUGGAAGUUUCCCUCUUCCUGUGUGUUCCUUUUUUCCCAUUUCCCUUGCCUAGUGCUCCUUAUGGAAGCACCUGUGUGUGUGUGUUACGUGUGCAUGUGUGUGCAUGCAAGUUGAGUGUGCGACAUGUGACAUGCUGUUGCAUUCAAGGGUGAAUGUACUAGCAUGGUUACAACGAUACCUCUUAUAUUCCUAUUAUUAUGUUUAUUAUUGUGGUUGCUUAGUUAAGCCUGAUAUUAUUACAGCUGUCAUGUUAUUUAAUUGCAUAGAGGAGCAGUGCAGUUAGUUGGGAGUGUGCUAAUCUUGUGAGAUAUCCUUAGAAUGUUCCACUGUUUCAGAUCUAUCAAGUGAUAAGCAUGCUGAGAAUUGUAAAAUAGGGGAUACUUCUAGCAGUAGAAAAACACUUAUAUUAGGAGCAGGGUGAAAAACUGCUGCUUCAAGCAUUUGCUGUUCCCUCAGACUUGUACAUAAUUUGAUUGUAAAUGUCACAAAUUCCAAAUUUUCUUAAUUGUUUCUUCUGGUCACUUAUUCACUUGUGCCAUUUUUGAUUUAACUCUGUUAUGAGCCUUACUGGACCUGUGUUGUGAUGCCGUGUUUUCUUUUGUAAAUCUUAACACAGUCGUUCUGUGUACCUAUUUCCGGUUUGUAUAAAAUAAAUGUUUUGCCUAAUACUUA